AGCGGGCGCCGCGCGCGCUCCCAUUGGCCGCCCCGCCGUCAGCUGCUCCUAUUUUCUGCUGUCGCUUUUGGCGCUCGGCCAUCCAGAAACAAACCACUUCGAUGACUCCUAAUAGUUAUCGCCAGAUGUACUAAUACACAACAAAUCACGGUCCGGGAGAGGGGGAGAGCAAAUGAGUUCCUAUUUUGUGAAUCCCACUUUCCCGGGGAGCCUGCCCGGGGGCCAGGACUCCUUCCUCGGGCAGAUCCCCCUGUACCCGGCGGGCUAUGAUGCUCUCAGGCAUUUUCCGGCUUCGUACGGGGCAAGCAGCCUGCAGGACAAGACUUACACCUCACCUUGUUUCUACCAACAGUCCAACACCGUCAUUGCUUGCAGUCGGGCUUCCUAUGAGUACGGAGCCUCUUGUUUUUAUUCGGACAAGGACAUUAGUAGCGCCUCUCCUUCCGGCAGUGGCAAACAGAGGGGGCCCGGGGACUACCUGCACUUUUCUCCCGAUCAACAGUACAAAACCAGCGGCGGCCAAGCCAAAAUUAUAAAUGACGAAGGCACCGACCGGAAGUACACGAGCCCUGUUUACCCCUGGAUGCAGCGGAUGAACUCCUGCGCUGGUACAGUAUAUGGAACACAUGGGAGACGAGGGAGGCAAACUUACACCAGAUACCAAACGCUAGAGUUAGAGAAGGAAUUUCAUUUUAACAGAUACUUAACCCGAAGACGACGCAUUGAGAUUGCAAACGCUCUCUGCCUUACUGAACGCCAGAUUAAAAUAUGGUUUCAAAACAGGCGGAUGAAAUGGAAAAAGGAAAACAAAUUCAUAAAUUCCACACAGCCCAGCAGCGAAGAAACAGAGGAAAAGUCAGGGGAGUAGAACCACGUUUAAUAAACGCUACCAGGCCUUUCCUUAGCGCUUACUACUACUACUACUACUAUUAUUAUUAUUAUUUACCUUGUGUUCCUUCUGCUACUGAAAUCCUAUAGGUUUGUCACAGUCUAUUAAUCCCCAAAAGGCUUGGUUAAAAGAUGUACAUUUGCAAUCAUCUGUGACUUGCUCUAAUAUAUGUGGAAGCCCCAGCUUUUGAGCUAUAGGCAUGUAUGUAUGUAACCACCUUCUCAAAGCAUAUAUGGCGUUGGUUAAAGUAUUAGAGAAUUGGCCCAGCAUUUUAAAUAUUUGAGAUGAGCAUCUGUGUGUGGGUGAGUGUCCCUGGUGUGCUUGUGUGAGA